UAAAAACCUCUUCACCCAAUUAAGCCACAUCAAAAGGAGUCAAAAAAAUAAAAAAAAUCGCAUGGGCAUGAUGGAAGGCUCUCCGACCGCCAUAGCUCCCCUGCUCCUCCGAAACCUAUUAACCUCUAUGUUCAUCUACGCCGACAAAUCCCUUUUAAACUUGGCCGAAAAAUACAAACUUCUUGAAGCAAUUCGCUAUACCCUAAUCACUUCCUUCCUUUUCCUUUUACGCGUACUUCCUUCUUUCUUUCCUUCCCUUAACCCUAAUCUCGAAAACCCAUUUAAACCCACCAAGAAAACCGAUAACUACGUCCCUGCAUGCGGUGGCUGCGAUUCCGGUAUUGGUCGAGCGCUUUCGCAGCUUUUGGCCAUAGUCAAUGACAUCCCGGUUAGCUCUAGGAAGUAUGAAGUUGUUCGAUCUUUAGCGGAGAGGCUCAUUGACGAGAACAACAGGGAGGGUCUAGAGGCUUUGCGCGAGGUCAACCGUACGGCUCUUUCAUCUGCUUUUGCAAGAACUCUUAGCCAGCUUGAAUCCACCGCGGUAGACCAAGGCCAGGGCCUAGCUGGGGAGGCCGGCUGGGGGACCGGACCGGUGGAGUUCCGGUUGAACCGUGUUGUAAGGGCGGUUCGGUCAAUUGCGAAAGCGGGGAGGAGCCGGGUUGGGAGCGGGAGGGACGAGAUGGGCCGGUCGGAGAGUUCGGCUGAGAAGCUGGCGGCUGAGCUGCUGUGGCUGGCUCAGAAGUUGGCGGCUUGUGGGGGCGCCGAAGAAGCUCUUUUGAGGUGGGCAGCGGCGUCUGAUUUGGCUAGGCUGGCUCUGUGGGCUGAGCCGCGGCUGCAAGGUUUCCUCGUCAAGAUUUCAGCAUUCUUCUUCAAGCAAGCCAAAGAUAUAGGAGUGGACGAAACUGAAGAAAGCCAGGAGCAACAAAGGCACACAAAGGUGAAGAUGCUGAUUUCGUGGCUGCCAUUGCUUUGUAGAGCAAGCAAUGGCACGGAUGUACCAGUCCUGAGCAUCAGAGAACGAGCUGAGCUGGAGAGUGUGUUGGAGGAGACCAUAGAGUUGCUGGAACAGGAAGAGCAGGAACAGGUUCUCUCUCUGUGGCUCCACCACUUCACUCAUUGCCCAUCCUCCGACUGGCCCAACCUCCAUGCCUCCUAUGCUCGCUGGUGCAAUGCUUCUCGCAGGCUCUUGGUCCUCCAAUGAAAGUUAACGAGGAACAAAAUAAUCAUAUAUAUAUUCCCGUCUUAUUUUCAUUAGUAAAAAUUGAAUUCAACAAUUUAAGACUAGGUCUAGGAUUAUGUGUUAGAAGGGUGUAUAUAUAUCUUUCUACCUUCAAACAAAUGUGCAUAUUAUUUUUGUUAUUA